CUCUGCCGACACCAGCCCCUGAGCCGGAGCCUGCAGCAGGUGAGAGGAUGGUGAGUGAGAACAAGGAGGGGAAUCCUCAACAGGAAGGUCCUGAGCAUGUUGGUCCAGGUGAGAUGAUAUCAGGAAGAUCUGAAGGGGAUGUUUCUCAGUGUGCUGAGCAGGGAGAAGCCCGUGAAAGUCAGUGCAAUCCAGAGAGGCAGCAGAGAAACUAUGCAAGGGAGAACCAGUGUAAAUCUACUCACAAGAGCCGAGUGGUCAAGAAAAUCAAAGAAACUGUUCAAAAGAGAAUCCCCAGUGGAGACAGACCCCAUGUAUGCAGUUUCUGUGGGAAAAGCUUUUACUGGAGAUCAGCCUUUAUUAGUCACCAGAGAACCCACACAGGAAACAGACCCUACAAAUGCAACGAGUGUGGGAGAAGCUUUAGUCAGAGCUCAACUCUCACUAUUCACCAGAGAAUCCACACUGGGGAGAGACCCUACAGAUGCAAUGAGUGUGGGAAAAGCUUUAGUCGGCAUGGAAACCUUCUAGCACAUCAGAGAAUUCACACAGGGGAGAGACCCUACAGAUGCAAUGAGUGUGGGAAAAGCUUUAGUCAGAAUGCAUACCUUCUAUCACAUCAGAGAACCCACAUGAAGGAGAAACCCUAUGUAUGCAAUGAAUGUGGGAAAAGCUUUAGUCACAGCUCACAACUUCUAUUGCACCAGAGAAUCCACACCGGGGAGAGACCCUACAUAUGCAAUGAAUGUGGGAAAAGCUUUAGUCUGAGCUCACACCUUCUAUCGCACCAGAGAACCCACAUGGGGGAGAGACCCUACAGAUGCAACGAGUGUGGGAAAAGCUUUAGUCGGCGUGGAAACCUUCUCUUACAUCAGAGAACCCAUACAGGGGAGAGACCUUUCAAAUGCCCAACGUGUGGGGAAAGCUUUGUUCAGGUCUUGAAACUCAUUAGACACCAGAGAAUCCACACUGGAGAGAAACCGUAUAAGUGUAAUGAGUGUGGGAAAAACUUUCGUGACAAAUCACACUUUAAUAAACAUCAGAGAGUCCACACAGGAGAAAAGCCCUUUAAGUGCCCUGAGUGUGGGAAAAGCUUUGGUUCAAGCUCAGAUCUUAUUAUACACCAGAGAAUUCACACAGGGGAGAAACCCUAUAAAUGCAUUGAGUGUGCGAGAAGCUUUCGUCGAAGCUCAGACCUCACUAGACAUCAGAGAAAACACACAGGAGAGAAGCCCUACAAAUGCCUCAACUGUGGGAAAAGCUUCAGUGACAGUUCUGCCCUCACUAAACACCGGAGAAUCCACAGAGGGGAGAGACCCUACAGAUGCAAGGAGUGUGGGGAAAGCUUUCGUCACAUCUCAAACCUUCUAUUACAUCACAGAACCCACACAGGAGAGAGACCCUAUAAUUGUCCUGACUGUGGGAAAAGCUUCAGUCGAAGCUCAAAUGUUAUUACUCACCAGAGAAUACAUACAGGGGAGAAACCCUUUAAAUGCCCUGAAUGUGGGAAAAACUUCAGUACACGUUCAGCCCUUACUGCACAUCAGAGAAUCCAUAGCAGAAUGAGACCCGUAUCAAUGUCUUGACUGUGGGAAAAGUUUUGGUGACAGCUUAGCUUCUAUAAUCUCCAGGGAACCUACACAGGGAGAAACACUACAAAUACAAUAAGUGCAGGGAAAGUUUUAGUUGAACCUCACACAUUCUAUUACAUCAGAGAACCCACAUUCGGGGGUGAAAAACCCUAUAACUGCCCUGACUGUGAGCUAAGCUUCAGUUGGAGACAAACUAGUAUUAAGCAUCACAGAAUCUACACUGGAGACAGCCUGUGAAUGCUUUGAAUAUCAGGAUCAGGCAAGGCUGGAGUGGUCAUGCAAUAAGGAUGUACAAUAUUUGUUAAAACAGAGACUGAAAUCACCAUUCCUGAACAGAGCCCUGUAGGACAAAAAGCUGAGAUAAGAUUCCAAUAAUGAUCAGAUCCCAUCACAGCACUUCUCAAGAAGCUCUGAACAUCUUCUGUUCAGCUCCUAAAUUUGUUUGGUGCUAGAAAGCUCUCUUCUAUUCUGUGACUUCUCAUUUAUUCUUCAUAGUUUUUUAGACCUGGAUCCACCAAGGGACUUAAGCGUUAUGAUGCUGAGUAUUGUGAUACCACGCUUCUAGACAAUCACGGAAACAACACUGGGAUCCAAAAGCCUGAGUUAGGCACCUUGAAUGAAUGGAGAGAGAGAGACAUCUCAGAAUGUGACUCACAAAACCAAGUAUACUAGGUGGGGAGCCACCUAACCUAGCCAAGGGGAGAUGCUAAGGAGGCAGGGAGUCCUGCCCUUUUCAUGUAUAUAGGUACCUAAGUCCAGGCUCCAGGGAAGCGCCUGUCUCUGCUUGUGAUUCAUAAACUAGGGAUGAUAAGUGCUCCUCUGCCAAUGGGGCCCCAUCCCGUUGGAGUGUUCCAAAGUCACCUAACACUAUACAAAAUACCUGGGGCAGGGGAAAAGAGGACAAAGACCUCUCUUAUACCCUUUAGCCCAGUGGUUGAGGUACUCACCCAGGAGGUUCAAGUCUCUAUGCUGUUCAAAUCCCUUCACUUCACCAGGGAAUCUGCCGCCUCCCAAGUGAGUGCCCUAGCCACAGGAUAUUCAGAGGUGGAAGUAUUCCUCAAUCUCCUUUGUUGAACCUGGUCCACUGUAUAAAAGUAUUCAGCUAGGAGAUGGCAGGUUCUAUGCUAAGGAAGGAUUUCAAGAAAAGGAUGGAAAGGAAUUUCUUGUGAUGGCUGAAUGCCACCUGCUGGAUGGACAGGAAACUUGCUAUGACAGUUAAUGAAUUACCACCUGCAACAAAAGGAAAUACUUCUCCAAAAGAAAAAGGACAACGGAAACUUGCCUAAUAUGUCCUUUGGGGUAGAUUGAGUCCCCUAUUACAACCACAUGGAGUGAUAAUGCAUAAAAAAGGUUUUGAGCUAGACAAUCCUAAAUUCCCUCUAAGCUGCUCAGCAGCAUGGCCAUGUAGCAGCCUAUUUAGCACUGUGCAAGUGCUUAGGGAAC